AUGCAACUUAACAGAUGGGUGUAUUCCAACGAGUCUUCCCCUUUCCAAAGCCUGGAUCACCCAAUAUAUGUCCCAACAUCAUCCGCAGAGCUUCUCAAAAAUUACAAUUGGUCCAUUAAGUACGCCUUUGGCGACGAGGUCAGCGGCGUCGUCUUCACCGACACUGUCAAGGCAGGCCCCGUCAUAGCCCAUAAGCAGGCCGUCCAAGCCGCCACCGUUAUCCAAGCUGAGUUCGCUUCGGAUGGCAUUCUUGGUCUCGCGUUCAGUACCAUCAACACCGCCCAGCCCGAGAAGCAAAAGACGUUCUUCGAAACUCUCCUGCCCACUCUGAAGAAGAAGGUGUUUGCUGCAAAUCUCAGACUCGAUGGCAAGCCUGCGACGUGGGAUUUUGGAUACAUCGAUGAUACCAAGUUCAAGGGCAAAGUCGCCUACACCCCCGUGGUCAGCCAGAAGUACUGGUCUAUGAACGUGAGCUCCUAUGCCGUGGGCAAAGGUUCAUUCACCAGUAGUAAGAAGCAGGUUGGCGAGGUCAUCGUCGACUCCGGCACGUCCCUUGUUUACCUCCCUGAAGCUGUGGUGAACGACUACUACAGCCACAUCAAGGGUUAUGAGCUCCAACAGGGAGGCACUCGCACAUUCCCGUGCAAUAGCACUAUUCCCGACUUCCACUUCAAGGUCGACAGCACAACGCUCUCUAUCCCAGGACGAGAUGUCAACUAUACUGUAUAUGACCCCGCUAACCGCAUCUGCGCUGGAGCGAUCACAACUCAGCUCAGCAGCAAGUAUUCUGUGCUAGGAAAUGUGUUCAUGAGGAACUACUAUGUUGUUCAUAACCAGGAGGAGGCUACCCCGAAGCUUGGCUUUGCCUCGCACUAA